AUAGGGCUUGGCCAAAGGUCUCACGAGGUCCAAGAAGCUGUUUAGACAAAGAUUGAAGGGACAAGAGAAAGCUACCACCACAACGGAGAAGAAACCCUAAUUAACUGUCUCCAAGCUUCUCUGGUGGUUUCACGACCCACUCUUUCUCUGACUCUUUCGAUGACAAGCGCUUGGACAAAUUUGAGCUUUGCAAUCAUACAUAGGGAUAUAGAGAGGGAGUGGGAGAAUCAGGGUGGACUUAUGGGUAUUUUUAUAUUUAACUGGAGAUUCUUGCUCACCCUCAGAAGAACUAUACAUCUGCAAAAGUUCAGGGGAGCGUGAGGAGAUCAAAAUAGAUUUCAAAUUUAUUAUAGCUUUGGAGCAUCUUGGAGCAAAUGAGCAAUGGAGCUUUUGGAGCACUGCUCACAUGGAGGAUUGCUCACUUGUGAAGUUUUUGCUACGGCCCAUUGGUAUCAGAAAUGAGUGGCCGCUUUUCUCGGACAAUCUAUGUUGGCAACUUGCCCUCAGAUAUAAGAGAAUGGGAAGUUGAGGAUCUCUUUUACAAGUAUGGUCGUAUACUAGAUAUUGAGUUGAAGAUUCCACCUCGCCCUCCAUGUUAUUGCUUUGUUGAGUUUGAAAAUACUAGGGAUGCAGAAGAUGCAAUCAGGGGUCGAGAUGGAUAUAACUUUGACGGCUGCCGAUUGAGGGUUGAGCUUGCCCAUGGUGGUAGAGGGCAAUCGUCAAGUGAUCGUCGUGGUGGCUAUGGCGGCAGCGGCGGCGGCGGCAGCGGCAGUGGUGGUCGAUAUUGCAUCUCACGUCAUUCUGAAUUUCGAGUUAUUGUUCGUGGGCUCCCGUCUUCUGCUUCUUGGCAGGAUUUAAAGGAUCAUAUGAGAAAGGCAGGUGAUGUGUGCUUUGCUGAAGUUUCCCGUGACAGUGAUGGGACUUUUGGUAUUGUUGAUUAUACUAAUUAUGAAGACAUGAAAUAUGCUAUUCGGAAGCUUGAUGACACUGAGUUUAGAAAUCCAUGGGCUAGAGCUUAUAUUCGGGUCAAGAUGUAUGAGAAUAGCCCCUCAAGGAGCCGAAGUAGAAGCCGCAGCAGAAGCAGAAGUCCAAGAAGGAAUAGAAGCAAAUCCUUGGAACGAUCUCCUUCGAGAUCAGUGUCAAAGUCUAGAUCAGCAUCACCUGUAAAGUCAUCCAGAGCAAAAUCUGGGUCAAGGUCGAGGUCGAGGUCGGUUUCAGGGUCUCCCAAUAAGGCACCGUCCGGAAGUGGGUGAAUUUGGUCAUGGCCCUGUUGACAAUGGGGAAAAAGUUUCUUCUCUAUAGUCUGCUCUGCUUAAAAAUGUGUUGAUGAAGACCUAGAAACAGGAAUCAACCGUAGUAUUGCUUUUUAUGAUUUUUAUCGUCAAUAUUAUGGACUUUACUCCUACUUAGACCUUUAUUUAAAUGAAAUGGAACUAUUAUCAUGUCA